UACGUGGUCAAACUAACAUGGCGUUCGCUAGUGGGAUUUUCAGAAAAUCUUUUAACUCAAUUUUUAUACGACAAGGGAACAAGAAAUUAAAGGGUUGUCUAGUAAGAAGAGGGAGACUUCUACUGAUGCAAAAUAAUCAAGAUUGUUUUUCAACAAUUAAUCAACUGACAGAGACGGAGGAGCGGCUCUUUUCAGAAGUUAACGUUGAAAUCAAAGGAAUUGAUGAAGCUGUGUUGGAUAGCUAUGUUACAUUUAUAACAAAAGCAGCAGAAUGCUUCUCCAUAAACACAAACAAAGUUGUGUUACCGCGACACAUUGAACGGUACACAGUGCUAAAAUCACCGCAUAUUUAUAAAAAGCACAGAGCUCAAUAUGAAAUUAGAACUCAUCGUCUUCUUGUUCAGUUGAAGGAGUUGACUGAAACAACAUCCAACGUUUUUCUCGAAUAUAUUCAAAGAAACUGUCCAGAAGGUGUAUGUAUGGUUAUUAAACAGAUUGAACGUGAAAAAUUACUCAUAAAUAUUCCGCCUGAAGCACUGGCCUUUUUAGAAAAGGAAAUGGAGAGUACGACUGAAAUGGAAGGAAAAUGACUCUAAGUUAUCACAAAAUAAUGUGUACAUGGAACUGGAUAAUUACUUAGUGUCACAAUUUCCCCACCAAUGGAGAGAGACUGAUGUACUUUAUCAAAUUUUCAAUUGAUUUAUGGUGAAAUUCUCUGAAAAUCCAUGCUUUCAUUUUAUAUUUACUUAUUUAAUGAAAGAGUGGAGCUUUUUUCUUUUUUUUCAUUGUAAAGUUUCAAUAUGACUGAAAUAUUCAAUUAAAAGAUCAAAAACCGAA